CGCAGUUCAUGCACGCACGCACCCCGUCGUUUUGUUGGCUCGGGUUGUCCCUUUAAAAAUCCGAAUCCAAGGCCAAUGAUUUAUCAAACUCCUAUUAUCAAGAAAAUGUCACGCGAAGGGCACCUUCCUCUGCACUGACGCAAACUCUUUCCCAUGCACGGACCUAUAGAAAAGCUUUGCACUUAGUGCUUUGCGCGGAUACAACGUUCAGUCCGCCUCCAGUCCACUCUUCGUCUUUUUUACAGCUGUUUCAAGUCUGUCUGCAGAGCUUUGGAAACAUGGAUUUCUCUGAUCACAGAGAUAUGACCAAACAACCGGCCAACGCGCCUGUCAGCUUCAUCCCGGCGCAGCAGCCUGACGCAGCUGCGGGAAUUACAACAAACAAACCGGACAACAACUCCGCUGCUGCUGCUGCUGCUGCUGCUGCGUGCGCGCCGCCCGCUCCGCACCAUCACCCGGCACCGCAGCCGCCUCCUCCCUGCAACGAGAGCAAAACUUUUUGUCCCACGGAAAACAAACCGGGAGAUGUGGACAGCAAUAAAGCGUACGGGACGUUUAAAAGCACCCCGCCGCCAGCUGUCCCCGGAUCCGUGGCCGUCAACUCGGCCUUAAGGAAGGAUUCCGCCGGUUCCGCUCGCGGCGGCGGGUCCGCGCAGUACGGUGACCCGCUGCGGGCCACCGCAGAGCAGAACAACACCGCGGGCAACUGGACGGCGAUGAGCCAGACCACAAUCAUUCUGGGGACAGAUGGUAACACGUCUGUUCAGCCCGGCACCGUGGCGGGGGCUGACGUGGAUGAUGAUGAUGGUGGAGAUGAGAAUAAGGCCAGAGGAAACUGGUCCAAUAAACUUGACUUUAUUCUGUCCAUGGUUGGAUAUGCGGUGGGACUGGGGAACGUGUGGAGGUUCCCUUAUCUUGCCUUCCAAAAUGGUGGAGGAGCUUUUUUGAUUCCCUACCUGACAAUGCUGGGAAUCGCCGGGAUCCCAAUCUUUUUACUGGAGGUUUCCCUGGGCCAGUUUGCCAGCCAGGGCCCCGUGUCAGUGUGGAAAUGCAUCCCGGCUCUACAAGGUUGCGGGAUUGCCAUGUUGAUAAUAUCUGUCUUGAUAGCCAUAUACUAUAAUAUUAUAAUGUGCUGGACACUGUACUACCUGUUCGCUUCGUUGAAGGGCUCACUGCCAUGGGCUAACUGUAGGAAUGAGUGGAACACGGUGGAAUGUAAGGACAAAGACAUGCUGCUGUUAGACUCGUGCAUCCUGCGGGACAGAAACAUCACCUCCAUCAAGAACUCCUCUUUUUGUCUGUCUGCAAACACUGUGGGAAAUCUCACAAAACUGUUAAACAUGACAAUGGACAGCAACAAGACCUACGUCAGCCCCAGCGAGGAGUAUUUUAAGUACAAUGUGUUACACAUCUCUAAAGGGAUUGAGUAUCCAGGAGACCUUCGCUGGCCUCUGGCAGGCUGUCUCUUACUGGCCUGGCUCAUCGUCUACGCUUCUUUAGCUAAAGGAAUCAAGUCGUCAGGGAAGGUUGUUUAUUUCACGGCCACAUUUCCCUACGUGGUGCUGGUCAUCCUUCUAAUCAGAGGAGUGACUCUCCCUGGUGCCGCAGAUGGCAUCCUCUAUUUUAUCACACCAAAAUGGGAGAAACUCAAUGAUGCCAAGGUGUGGAAAGAUGCAGCCACUCAGAUCUUUUUCUCACUCUCAGCUGCUUGGGGAGGCCUCAUCACUCUCUCGUCUUAUAAUAAGUUCCACAAUAACUGCUACAGGGACACUAUAAUUGUCACAUGCACAAACAGUGCCACCAGUAUAUUUGCUGGGUUUGUCAUCUUCUCAGUCAUUGGGUUUAUGGCACAUGAGUUGAAGGUGCCAAUAGAGAAGGUUGCAGAUGAAGGUCCUGGCAUAGCUUUUGUGGUAUAUCCAGAGGCUCUGACCAGACUUCCCCUGUCUCCAUUUUGGGCGAUUAUCUUUUUCCUCAUGCUCCUCACUCUUGGCCUGGACACUAUGUUUGCCACCAUUGAGACCAUCGUAACCUCUGUGUCAGAUGAGUAUCCCAAGUACUUGAGGAAACAUAAACCAGUCUUCACCCUCAUCUGCUGUGCCUGCUUCUUCAUCCUGGGAUUUCCCAUGAUUACAGAGAGUGGGAUGUACAUGCUGCAGUUGGUGGACACAUUCGCAGCCUCCUACUCUUUGGUCAUCAUUGCUAUAUUCGAGCUGGUGGGGAUUUCCUACCUUUAUGGUCUACAGAGAUUUUGUGAGGACAUUGAAAUGAUGAUUGGUUUCCAGCCAAACCGAUUCUGGAGAAUCUGCUGGGCCUUUGUGACUCCAACUAUUCUGACGGGCAUCCUGGGACUGAGUCUGUACCAGUGGAAGGUGAUGACAUAUGAGGACUACACCUACCCGACCUGGUCCAUGGUUAUGGGCUGGCUCAUGGUGAUCUGCUCUGUCAUCUGGAUCCCCAUCAUGUUCGCCAUUAAAAUGUAUCUCGCCCCUGGCUCCAUGUCUGAGCGUCUGAAGCUUGUCUGCUCCCCUCAGCCGGACUGGGGUCCUUUCCUGAUGAAGCACCGUGGAGAACGCUACAAGAACAUGACUGACCCUCUGGGAACCAGCUCCCUGGGCCUCAAACUGCCUCCAAAGGACUUCCAGCUCAGCUCUUACCAGUAGCAGCUGCCCCACCACUGUAACACCCACGACUUUCAACUCCUGCAAGAGAUGCCGUGAGGGAGCCAACUGCUCUUCUUCUCCUCCCUCUUUCCCUCUCUUUCUCCCAUCCAUUCUUUACCCCUUUUUUGCUUCUUGUCUUCCUCCCUGUAUUGUGGUUGUGGAGAUUUAUCCCCUCUUCUCACCCUCCUCUCCACUCCCUCUCUUCUCCUCUCUUCGGGAGGAGUGGCUGCCAAGGUGGAGUUUACUCCUCCGCUGCUUGGUACUUAAUGGGCUAUCAUUUCCUCCCACACAUGACCACUGAUUACUCUAGAGUCCUUCCCAGGGAUCUUUAUUCCAAGAGAAAAAUGGUGUCAUAAAAUGACACAGCUCAGACUGCACUUGCAAUAUUGGACUCAACAUAGCCGCUCCUGAUGGAGUUUAUGUUUGUUUGUUUGUUUGUUCGUGUGUGUGUGUGUGAGCGCGCGUGAGUGUGUGCGCGCACCAUCAUAUUUGUGUGUAGAGAUAAUUAAUGGUGUUGCUGAGAGCUGACAAGAAAACUAAGAAAAUUGAGGGAGAGCGAAAUAGUUGAACAAGCUUGGCAAAGAUUUGAAUUUUGUUCCAUCUGUGUACAGAUCCAUUGACAAAAAAAAAAAAAAUAUCAACUGCCAUGAAAAAAAAAGACAAAAAACCCCACUGUGCACUGUAUCACAUUCUGUUCCUAACUUGCAGUAGCACAUGCAGUACAAACAUUCACAUUAUAGCUACAACUCAGUCGCUCUUGGUUUGACAAAAUAUUACAAGUAUCUGCAAUUUGUGCUUCCUAUGUCACAGUCAAGUUGCAAAAACAUUACUCAUUACUAAUUUCAAUACAUAUAAUAGCUUGUGUCUAUUUUUCCCCUUAAACCUGAGAAACCUUGUUUUUUUCUCUAGGUGUAUUCUCAUUUUAUUAUCCUUGAAUAUAAAUGAAGCACACUCCUAAUGUAGGAAACGUAGAGUAGUAUCUUUCCUUUAGUAGAUGACAGUAUAGCCAUUUAAUCUCUUUAAGUUAUAUACAGUAUACAGUAUACAUAUAUUAUGUAAGAUGAAUAAAUAAUAUAUAGCCUAUUGCUUCCAGCAGAGGACAUAGUUAGCAAGAUAGAUAAUGAGAGUGUAUGUGUGUGUGCUAUAAACCCCAUGUAUGUCUUGCUAGCAGUGUAAUAUCUUGUACUAAAGUGUAAACCACUCAGAAAAGAUCUACAGUUAGUACACAUGUGUGUUGUGUUGUGUUCUCAUAAUGUUAGGAGCAGCUGGUACGUGUGAGUAGUUGAAGAUUAGAGUAGAAAAUGUCUGGCUCCUUUCCUGGAAGUGUACUUUGUCUCUUGUUGUUUGUGGUAGAGCUCCGGAGACCUCUUUGCCAUUUAUGACAUAUAUGCCUCUUGCUUCUCAGCGUGUCCUCAUAAAAACAGGGUCUCAGGUAUAUUUGAUUCCAACUACUGCAGUAGUUGCUGGAAUAAAAGUAUUCAGUGCAUAGGAAACAGAGAGAAGAGCCAUCUUAAUGCUAAAAUAUACAGGACACAGCUUUGAAGUUUGUUGCAAAAGAUCAGAAUUAAAAACCACUCACACUUUUCUGAUCACCUCACUGCAACAUCUCUUGACUUUUUGUGUGAGUGACUUAACCUAUUCUGACAACUGUGUGCAGUGAUAAAUCAAGUAUGUUUUUCACCAUGCUUAUGAAAUGGUUAUUUAAGAAAAAAAAGUGAUUCCUUGUAAUCAUCUAGAUAUUUAAAUGGAAUUUCUUGACAUCAAUGGAUGAAUCAGCUUGAUUUACAUAUUCAAAAUAACUUUCUGGUCGCCUCACUCACAAUUUGAUCUUUCAGAAUCAGUCAAAUAACUGUAAUGUUGCCCUUCUUUUGACUGCUCCUUGGGGACUGUCACAGUGGAUCACCAUCCACAUUGACUGGCAAAGGUUUACGAUAGAUGUGGCUCCUGAGGCAACGCUUCUAUUUAUCUGCACACUAACAAUGCACUGGCUUGUGCUGAGUUGGAGGUGCCGGGGGGUCAAUAGAACAUAUUUCCCUUUAAGUUGUGCUGUUAAGUCAACAUCAGCACACUUAGCUACUCUCAGAGUCUUGGGGGCAUAAAAGUAAUCUCCAGAUGUAACACCAGAGUAGCCUGAAGGAACAGUUCACUGCAGCUCUGCAGGUGUCCCGACUGGCUAGUUUGCAGCCUUUUUAAAUGUGACAUAACAGGCAGCCAGCCUGUACUUGGUGGGCUGUCAACCAAUCAUCUUCAGAGUAACACCAUGUUUCCACUCAGAGGCAAUUAGACCUUUACAAUUUUUGGCAAUCUGUUCAUUUUCAUCCUGAUGAAAGUCAUGUUUGGCUUUAUUGUGCUUUUAACACCACAGGCAUUUAAUUGUUGAGGGGCUUAAGCUUUUUUAUGGAGGCGGCAGGUAUGGAUGCAAUAAAAUAAAAUGAACUAUUUCUCGAAGCCAUGGUCCUUCAUAUUCUCAACAUGAAACAUAGCAGAGGUGUGCUUUUUAGAGGUUGUAUGGUUCAUGGAAAAAAAAGAUAAUCAAUUGAUGAGCACAAAUGCCCUGUUAUUGAAAAGCUUGCUUGCUCCACAGUGUUGCUUUUGUUUAGUCUUAGUGUGUUUAGCUCUAUUUGUUCAAAUAUGAUACUAAUGUAUGUUUGUGUGUGCUUGUGUGUGCGUUGUCUCUGUAUUAGUUUAACUGAACUCCAUAUAACCGUCAAGCAGAUGUUUGCAUGGCCAGUUUCAGAGUAGAUUGCUGAAAGAAGCAGAUGAGAUUUACAGGAUUUUUCUUUUCCCCAGGAUGCCUCUGUCUGAUGCUCCUCUUUAUCUUUUCUGAUGGACAUGAGGACCUUAGAACAUCAUUUGUGAAUAUGAACUGGGUAAAACAAACUUUUAACACUGCUUAUGUGAGAGCAGCAUUGGUCAAAUGGGCAGGUUGGCAUUUUAAAUCAUGUGUUGGAUGUCGUGGAACUCUUUGCAGUAAGACUUGAAUGAUAAAUCCUUUUAUGUCCUGAGAUUGAAUUUCAUGGUAACCUUUAGGGCUUCAACUAAAAAGCAAUGAUUUUGUGUUUUCUAUCCCUUUGUUACUAUUUCUACGAGGCUUCUCUGCUUUUGUUUUGAGGAAAAAUUAAUUAGGGUUCAGUUAAAACCACAUUGCUUCUAAAAUAUAACACUGACAAGCUUGCAUGUGCAGUUUGUGUUGCUGUUACUCAAUGUCCAUGUAUAGUACCUUGUCCUUUCUCUCUCAAUAGUAUAAUUCCAUGCAUGUUUGCUUUAGGGAGAUUUUUGUUCUACAUAAUAAUAAGAAACUGAGAGUUGCUGUUGCCCUUCUUUCAAAAGAGGGAGAAGAAAAACAAAGAAACAGUCAAUUAGCUUUGCCUGCAAGUCAACUUUGGGCAGUAUAGGUAACCAAAGAAAGAUGAUUUGAAUUAGGGUCUUAGUGAAAAUAGAAAAAAAGGAAUGUGUGAUCUUCGUAUAGGAGGUUGAGAUACUGCCAUUCAUUUCCAUGUAGUGUUCCUUGAUGUUUGCCAAUAUGUUACAAAACAUCUUCAGGUAACCAUUGGCCUUAUAGAUGUCCUCUAAUGGUAGAAUAAUGUAUGUACUUCAAAAAUAAAACUACACAAUAGCUUAUUGUCUGUCUCAUAUGGUACCAGUAUUCCUAUUGUUAUGUCAGUUGUGUCUUUUGGGCACUUUAUUGUGUGACCUAUGCCUGCAUAGGUUAAAUUUCUAAUUACUUGAGUAAUGUCAUAUUUCUGUGUUCAAUGUGAGGUACUGCUGCCUAUGGAUAUAGAUAUGUGCCUCUAACAGCUCAUGUCACCCUUUGAUUUGAAAAUAGAGAGUAGAUAUUGUAUAUAACAAAUAUGUUUUAAGAAUACCUGUGAUGUAAAAAAAAGAAAAGAAGAUAUAUAUCAUAUGUGAAAUGCAUCUAUUUAUUUUCAAUGUCAUCAAUCUGUGAGGCUCUACCUCAGAUUUUGUAUUUAUGUAUAGAAAUGCAAUUGGAUUAUAGUAUCUUUGCCAAUAAUAAUACAUCGCUAUUAUAUCAUGAAAUGUAUAACCUAUGAAUCAAUAAAUAAAUGUUAUUGUUUU